CCAAUCCCCUCUCUCUCGCUCUCUCUCUCUCUCUCUCUCUCUCUCUCUCAAUCUCCCGAUCCUUCUCCCACCAAAAAAAUAAAUAUAAAAAAAAAUGAAAUAAAAAAGAAAUUUGAGUAAGGAGACCAAAAGGAGGAACCUGAACAAGGAAAGUGAGACAUCUUCCCGGAAUCUAGAUCCGGAGCAUUCAAAGUUGAUCGUCUCCGGCGGAAUGGCGGAGGAAGGAAGCGGCGGCGGCGGCGGCGGAGGCGAUGCGCCUGCGUCGGCGGCUCGGGAGGUUCUCUUCAUCUCCGCCGGCGCCAGCCACUCUGUUGCUCUUCUCUCUGGAAAUGUUGUAUGCUCGUGGGGAAGAGGCGAAGACGGGCAGCUCGGUCACGGCGAUGCCGAGGACCGGCUCGUCCCGACGAUAUUGACUGCCCUGGACUGCCCCGGUAUUGCGUCCGUUACCUGCGGCGCUGAUCAUACAACAGCAUACUCCGAGUCCGAGCUCCAGGUUUACAGCUGGGGAUGGGGUGACUUUGGAAGGUUGGGCCAUGGCAAUUCCAGUGACGUAUUCACUCCGCAGCCGAUCAAAGCAUUAGAAGGCUUAAAGAUUAAACAAAUAGCUUGCGGCGAUAGCCAUUGUUUGGCUGUGACUAUGGACGGCGAAGUGCGAAGUUGGGGGCGAAACCAAAACGGUCAGCUUGGUCUUGGCACCACCGAAGACUCUCUAGUACCACAGAAGAUCCAAGCCUUUGAGGGAAUUUCUGUUAAAAUGGUUGCUGCUGGUGCGGAACAUACGGCUGCAGUUACAGAAGAUGGUGAACUAUAUGGAUGGGGGUGGGGCCGAUACGGUAAUUUAGGCUUGGGUGAUCGUAAUGACCGCUUAAUCCCAGAAAAGGUCUCGUCUAUUGAGGGAGAAAAAAUGGUGCUUGUUGCAUGUGGAUGGCGCCACACUAUAACUGUUUCCUCCUCUGGAAAUUUGUACACUUAUGGAUGGAGUAAAUAUGGUCAGCUAGGGCAUGGUGACUUUGAAGAUCAUCUCAUUCCUCAUAAGCUGGAAGCCCUAAAUGACUAUUGCAUCUCACAGAUUUCUGGUGGCUGGAGACAUACUAUGGCGCUCACAUCUGAUGGAAAACUUUAUGGAUGGGGAUGGAAUAAGUUUGGUCAACUAGGUGUUGGCGAUAAUGUUGAUCACUGCUCUCCAGAACUGGUUAACUUUCCAGAUGAGCAGAAAAUUGUUCAAAUUUCUUGUGGAUGGAGGCACACUCUUGCUCUAACCGAAAGGAAAAAUGUCUUUUCUUGGGGGAGGGGUACAAGCGGACAACUUGGUCAUGGCGAUAUAGCUGAUAGGAACACACCUAAGAUGAUCGAGGUCUUAAGCUCAGAUGGGUCUGCCUGCAAGCAGUUAGAGUCCUCGAAAGCAGUCCCUUUGUCAGGAAAAGUCUGGGUAUCGCCGUCCGAAAGAUAUGCUAUUGUUCCUGAUGAGAAUGUUCCCGGGUCAGCAGGAAACCCAGCCAGGGGAAAUGGUAAUGACGCAAACGUACCAGAGAACGACGUGAAGAGGAUGCGGCUACAUUCGAAUUGAAUUCCCCUUUAUUCUAAAUGUUACUAGUAUUUGAUGUCUGUCUUUACUCGUCGCUGCGACUCUUGGUCAUCUAGAACUCUUUCGUUUGGAUUUUCUUCCAGUUUCCUGCAAUUCUUCUCUAUCUUCUUUCAGCUGUGUUUUUCUGUUUUAAGGGAAUGCUUGCUGUAAUCUGGAAAGACCUUUGUUUGGACUGAAAUGAACAGUUAGCUUCUAAGUA